UUGAGUACAUGAUCCUUGCUACGAUUAUCGCCAACUGCAUUGUCUUGGCCCUGGAGCAGCAUCUACCUGCCAAUGACAAGACGCCCAUGUCAGAGCGACUGGACGACACAGAGCCCUACUUUAUUGGAAUAUUCUGUUUCGAGGCUGCCAUUAAGAUCAUCGCCCUGGGCUUUGCAUUUCACAAAGGCUCCUACCUCCGCAACGGCUGGAAUGUAAUGGACUUCGUUGUCGUCCUCACAGGGAUCCUGGCCACAGUGGGCGCAGACUUUGACCUGCGAACACUGCGAGCUGUGAGAGUGCUGAGGCCCCUGAAACUUGUGUCAGGAAUCCCCAGUCUCCAGGUGGUGUUGAAGUCUAUAAUGAAAGCCAUGGUUCCUCUGCUUCAGAUCGGCCUGCUGCUCUUCUUCGCCAUCGUCAUGUUUGCCAUCAUCGGGGUGGAGUUCUACAUGGGGAAAUUCCACACCACCUGCUUCCGGAUAGACACUGGUGAGAAAUCAGCAGACUGGCCUUGUGGUCUGGAGCCCCCGGCUAGGACCUGUCCAAACGGCACUAUAUGCAGAGAGUACUGGACUGGACCCAACUUUGGUAUCACCAACUUUGACAACAUCCUAUUUGCAGUGCUGACUGUGUUCCAGUGCAUCACCAUGGAGGGCUGGGUGGACAUCCUCUACAACACCAAUGAUGUUGCAGGAAACGCCUGGAACUGGCUUUACUUCAUCCCUCUCAUCAUCAUCGGCUCCUUCUUCAUGCUCAACCUGGUGCUCGGUGUGCUCUCCGGAGAAUUUGCCAAAGAGAGGGAGCGUGUGGAGAAGAGGCAGGAGUUCCUGAAGCUUCGGAGGCAGCAGCAGAUCGAGAGAGAGCUCACCGGGUACUUGGAGUGGAUCUGCAAAGCAGAGGAGGUGUUGCUGGAGGAAGAAGAUGAGAUUGCCGAGGAUAAGUCCCCGCUGGAUGGUGCGUGGUACAAGAGGAAACAAAACCUGCCAGUCCUGAAACGAGGCAAAGCCAAGAAAGGUAAAAACGACCUGAUCGGUGCUGAGGAGGGGGAGGAUCCUUUCGCAGACAUCUCCUCUGUCCCUCCUCCGGGCUCUCCUUUUGGUCGGGCCAGUGUGAAAAGCAGCGGGAAGAUGGACAGCUCCUCUUACUUCCGGCGUAAGGAGAAGAGGACCCGCUUCUUCAUCCGCCGCAUGGUGAAGGCUCAGAGCUUUUACUGGAUCGUUCUGUGUGUGGUGGGCCUCAACACUCUGUGCGUGGCCAUUGUGCACUAUGACCAGCCCGAGUGGCUUACAAGAGCCCUCUACGCUGCAGAGUUUGUAUUCCUCGGAUUAUUUCUGACUGAGAUGAGUUUGAAGAUGUAUGGCCUUGGAGUGAGGAAUUAUUUCCACUCCUCCUUUAACUGCUUUGAUUUUGGGGUGAUUGUUGGAAGUAUUUUUGAGGUGAUCUGGGACAUGAUUAAACCGGGAGCAUCGUUUGGGAUCAGUGUGUUAAGAGCCCUACGACUUCUCAGGAUAUUUAAAGUCACCAAGUAUUGGAACUCGUUGAGGAACCUCGUCGUCUCCCUCCUGAAUUCCAUGAAGUCCAUCAUCAGCUUGCUCUUCCUCCUCUUCCUCUUCAUUGUGGUCUUCGCUCUGCUCGGCAUGCAGCUCUUCGGAGGACAUUUUAACUUUGAGGAUGAGACGCCAACAACAAACUUUGACACCUUCCCAGCAGCCAUCCUCACUGUGUUCCAGAUUCUGACUGGCGAGGACUGGAACGCCGUAAUGUACCACGGGAUCGAGUCUCAAGGAGGCGUUCGCUGCGGCAUGUAUUCCUCAGUCUACUUCAUCGUCCUCACGCUCUUUGGAAACUACACCCUCCUGAAUGUCUUUUUGGCCAUCGCUGUCGAUAACCUCGCAAAUGCGCAGGAGCUGACUAAGGAUGAAGAGGAGCAGGAGGAGGCAGCCAAUAAAAAGCUCGCCCUGCAGAAGGCUUUGGAGGUAAAGGAAGUCAGCCCCAUGUCAGCGGCCAACAUCUCCAUCUCUGCUUUUGUAAAGCAAAAUCGAGAUGCAAUCUCUCGCAGGUCGUCCAUCAACAGCAUUCAGUCACCUAAGGAGCAGCAGCGGUCGGCAAAGUCCAUGUCGGUGUGGGAGCAGAGAACCAAUCAGCUGAGGAGACAUAACAUUAGGUCGAGCAGCGAGGCCUUGUUCAAUGAGCUGGACCCCGAGGAGCGCCUCAGGAUGACUACCGCCCUCCACCUGCAUCCUGACAUGAAGACUCAUCUUGACAGGCCGCUUGUGGUUGAGGCCAGGGAUGGCGAGAAACCUGGGAAGCCCCCUGAUGGAGGUCAGGAGGAAGUAGGAGACGUUUUGGUAGACAACUUCCACACACACUCUAGGAAGCAUUAUCGGCACCGCGACAAGAACGGAGAGAGCAGGGAAGGAGGCGAUGGAGAGCGGGGAGAGAGACACCACACCCAUCACAGCAGGAGCAGAGAUCCCAACGGUAACGGCAAUCAAGCGAAAGAGAGGAGAGGAGAGAGGAGUCACAGCCGCGAGAGAGGGCAGGGACACAGACACCACCACCAGGGCGGCUCACCGGAGGAGGAGGCCCAAGGCAUCAGAGGAGAAGAAAAGGGCCAUCGGCACCACCACUCCCACCGUACCACGAAAGAGGGAAAUGGGAUAAUAGUGAAUGGUGCACAGGGAGAGCACAGGGUGAAGGGCGGAGGAGGAGGGGGGGACAGCAAUGGAGAGAGGAAGGCACGUUGCUCUCGAAUGAUCAGAGCUCAGUCUACGCUGGAUGGAGAUGACUGCAAGAGGAGCAAGAAUGGAACCAAAAAUCACUGGGACAGGCAUCCAGAUGCUGAGGAGCUAGGCCUUGCCACUAGUCCUCUUCAGCCGAUGCGGAGCAGCAUGAGUCUUGGAGACAAACAAGAGGAUGCUGACAACCAGAAGAACUCCACCAGGGCCAGCCAGGCGGGCCUCAACAGCAAUGCCAUCCACAUCCCUGUGACCAUCACUGCUCCACCUGGAGAAACCACCAUCAUACCCAUGAACAACAUUGACUGCGACAACUUCCAACUCAAUGAUGAAAAGAAAGAUUUGGAGGAGGAGGAGGAGGAGGCAGCCAACGGGCCGCGGGAGAUGCUUCCCUACAGCUCCAUGUUCAUCUUCGGGGUAACAAACCCGGUGCGACGGCUGUGUCACUACGUGGUCAACCUCCGCUACUUUGAGAUGUGCAUCCUGAUGGUCAUUACCAUGAGCAGCAUCGCUCUGGCAGCUGAGGACCCCGUGCAAGCCAACGCACCGCGGAACCAAGUUCUCAAGUAUCUGGAUUAUGUCUUUACUGGAGUCUUCACUUUUGAGAUGGUGAUUAAGAUGAUUGACUUGGGACUGCUCCUCCACCCUGGCUCUUAUUUCCGUGACCUGUGGAACAUUCUGGACUUCAUUGUGGUCAGCGGAGCCCUGGUCGCCUUCGCCUGCUCAGGGACCAAAGGCAAGGACAUCAACACGAUCAAGUCCCUGAGGGUCCUCCGAGUCCUGCGGCCACUUAAGACCAUUAAACGACUGCCCAAGCUAAAGGCGGUGUUCGACUGUGUUGUGAACUCUCUGAAGAAUGUUCUGAACAUCCUCAUCGUCUACAUGCUCUUCAUGUUCAUCUUCGCUGUUAUCGCUGUACAGCUCUUUAAGGGAAAAUUCUUCUACUGCACAGACGAGUCCAAAGCUCUGGAGAAAGACUGCAGGGGUCAGUUUCUGGACUACGACAAGGAUGACGUGGCAGCUAAGCCCAGAGAGUGGAAGAAAUAUGAGUUUCACUACGACAACGUUCUCUGGGCCUUCUUAACCCUCUUCACUGUCUCCACUGGAGAAGGCUGGCCGAUGGUCCUGAAGCACUCUGUGGACGCCACCUACGAGGACCAGGGCCCCAACCCAGGCUUCCGCAUGGAGACCUCCAUCUUCUAUGUGGUCUACUUCGUGGUGUUCCCCUUCUUCUUUGUCAACAUUUUUGUGGCUUUAAUCAUCAUCACCUUCCAGGAGCAGGGAGACAAGGCCAUGUCGGAGUGCAGCCUGGAGAAAAAUGAGAGGGCUUGUAUUGACUUUGCCAUCAACGCUAAGCCGCUAACGAGAUACAUGCCAGAGAACAAGCAGUCCUUCCAGUACAAGAUGUGGAAGUUUGUGGUGUCGCCUCCCUUUGAGUACGCCAUUAUGACUCUAAUCGCCCUCAACACAGUCGUGCUGAUGAUGAAGUUCUACGGAGCUCCAGACCUGUACGAGUCCAUGCUGAAAUACUUGAACAUCCUCUUCACAGCCCUCUUCACACUGGAGUGCAUCCUCAAAAUGAUUGCCUUCGGUCCACUGAACUACCUGAAAGCCGCCUGGAAUGUGUUUGACUUUGUGACUGUACUUGGAAGCAUCACAGACAUCGUGGUCACAGAGGUUAAGGACAAGAUGAUCAACCUGAGUUUCCUGAGGCUUUUCAGAGCUGCGCGGCUGAUCAAGCUGCUGCGGCAGGGCUACACCAUCCGCAUCCUGCUGUGGACCUUUGUUCAGUCCUUCAAGGCUUUGCCUUACGUCUGCCUGCUCAUUGCAAUGCUCUUCUUCAUUUAUGCCAUCAUUGGAAUGCAGGUGUUUGGAAACAUUGAGCUGAAUGAGGACACAGCAAUUUAUCACCACAACAAUUUCCAGACCUUUUUCCAGGCCUUGACCCUUCUCUUCAGGAGUGCAACAGGAGAGGCGUGGCAUGAGAUCAUGUUAGCAUGUCUGAGUAACCGACGGUGUGAUUCGCUCUCAGGAACUGUGGGGAAAGAGUGUGGUAGUGACUUUGCCUACUUCUACUUUGUCUCCUUCAUCUUCCUCUGCUCCUUCCUGAUGUUGAACCUCUUUGUUGCUGUCAUCAUGGACAACUUUGAGUAUCUGACCAGAGAUGCCUCCAUCCUGGGGCCUCAUCACCUCGAUGAAUUCAUCCGCGUGUGGGCAGAGUACGACCCUUCUGCCUGCGGCCGCAUGAAUUACCGCGACAUGUACGAGAUGCUUCGUGACAUGUCCCCUCCGCUAGGUUUGGGAAAGAAAUGUCCCCCUCGAGUGGCCUAUAAGCGGUUGGUGAGAAUGAAUAUGCCCAUUGCUGAAGACAACACCGUGCACUUCACCUCCACACUGAUGGCUCUGAUCCGCACAGCCCUGGAGAUCAAACUGGCAUCUGGGGUCCUGGCACAGCAUUUGUGCGAUGCUGACCUGAAGAGAGAGAUAAAACGAGUGUGGCCAAGCCUGCCGCAGAAGACUGUUGACCUGCUGGUGACACCUCCUAAAUACAAUGAGCUGACUGUGGGGAAAGUCUACGCAGCUCUAAUGAUCUUUGACUACUACAAACAGAACCGUGCCAAAAGACUCCAGCAGCAGAACACUUCAGGGGGACCUCAGAGUAAACUGGGGGCAUUAUUCCGUCCUGUGCUGCCACUCACUCACAUACUGGAAGUUCAACCUCCGGUUUCCAGCCCCAAACAACCCCCCACCACCCAGCCGGAGCCAGAAGUGAAGCUUGUGGCUCUUCCUUCAACGUCCCUCACUGCCACCACCUCUGCAACAAGGGACACAAUACUGAACCAGAGGAGUGGGAUAAAACACUCCCAGUCUGGUGAUGUUUCUCAGGCUGCACAGAGGCCUAAAGGCCGGAGGAAACUACAGAGAGGCCAGUCAGAGGAUGUGCCAUACUCAACCAGACCUCAGGAACUGGUUGAACUGAAACAGGUGGAGAACAUUUCAGACUCAGAAGGAUAUCCGAGCCUGGAAGGUCACAGCAGAGCAGCUUCACUGCCCCGUCUCAAUGCUGAGUACUAUCCGAUUGUCGACCUCAGUCCGAUAAGACGCUCAGCAUCCUCGCUGACACAGCAGCAUCACCAUGAGGGCGGGCUGAGGGAGUAUAACCUGGACCGGAUCGGCCAGUCAACAACAGGGCCAGGCCAAUUCCAGGGCCAGGACAGAGCCCACCACCAUCACCACCACCACCGCUGCCAUCGACGCAGGGACAAGGACAAAGACAAGAAGCAGAAGUCGCUGGAUAGAGCUGCUUCAGUUCAACCCUCCAGCACUGUUGAUUCAUUCACCGACCCUUCAGCAGAAGGUCUGUCCAGAGAGCGAGCGAGGGAGCGUGACCGCAGCCGGCCUCAUGAGAGGAGGCAUCACUCGUCAGCAGGAGAGAAGCAGCGCUACUACUCCUGUGAGCGAUACGGCAGCGGGGAGCAGUGUCACGCCAAGUCAGCGGGUCCAAGUCGGUCCACAUCUCCCGGAGAGGGCCAGCAUGGUAGCACUGUGGGUAAAUCCGGCCCUGUAACGCUUCCCUCUGGUUCGAGCACUCCAGGCCGCAGUCGCAGGCAGCUCCCACAGACCCCCCUCACACCUCGCCCUGCUGUGGCCUAUAAGACCGCCUACUCCUCGCCUUUCCAAUCAGGUGCCAGCACCUCUACAACGGGGCAUCAGACUCGCUUCAGCCGUGGCCUUUCGGAGCAUGAUCGUUUACUUGGGGGCCUUGAAGAGUCCCAGUUACCGAUCACUCGCAUCGGUUCGGACCCGAAUUUAACCCGGCAGCAGCAUGCUGCUUCUCAACAGGCGGGGGAUUCAGAGGACUUCCAGGACACUGUGAGCAGUUUUGAAGGGGGACGCUCUGCCAGAACUACUGCCUCCACCACAGCCUCAGCUUCACAGGGAACUGCAGCCACACCUGUCACUGCGUCCGCCAUGCAGGGCCGGGCGGGGCCGGUGCCUAAUGGGUACCACUUCACCCUCGGGGUGAACUCUGCGUCUGGGCCCGGGGGCCGAGGAACAGGCAGUCUCAGGGAGAGGGAUGAAGACGAUUGGUGCUAACAUGGCAGAAAGCUGUUAGCCAAAGCCAAAAAACGGUAAAGCUUAUCAGUGUUGUUGAGCGCUUGUGUCAGGUCCAAUGAGCUGAUACGAAGACAGAGGAUUUAUCCAGAAGAAAAAAAUGGAUCAAGAGCCAGUGGAACGUGCUGUAAACGGGGAUCAGAAAUCAUUCCAGAUUAGUAGUCCUACUCUUCUUUUUUAUACAACAAAGUCUUUAAGAAAAAACACUGAUCACUUUUUCUACCCCCUUUACUUGCACUGAAAUUAUAGCACAAGUGAAGACCCUUAAGUAUUUUGCCUUUGCCAGUAAAAUCAGUGUUGAAGCAGAAGACAAAAGACAAAAUCUCCUAUGUGAAGCUAGUUACUUAGCUUCAGACUGAUCUGAAUGCCUCGUUCCUGCUAUUAAUAUGGCUGCUCACAACACAAGUUUUAUUUUUAUAUGUUUCAUCAUGUUCAUGUGGUCCAAUAUUAACUUGAUCAAAUUAAUGCUAUCACCAAAAUAUUUUCCUCUUUUUUUUUUUUUUUUUCAGCCAUUUUUUUUCAGCCAUCACUUUGGGAUUAUCACCGAAGUCUGACCAGGACGGUCAUUAGCAAAGCAAAUUAUUGUUCUGCCAUUUUAACAGAAAGACAAAAGUUAACACCAGAUGGGAGAGAACAGGUUAAGGGUUAAGUUCAUCAUGAUAAGCUUUUUCUUGUAAAUUGUACCACAUAUAAAUUUUAGAGUGCAAAUAGGGACAAGAAAUCUCUUUUAUGAAGUUAAGUGGCUGAAUACUAAGUGCCUCGUUUUCCAAGAUGUAUCCUGUUAGAUGGACUUGAAUAUAGGAUGUAAGUAUGUAAAACGUAUAAAGAACAAAGUUUGGAUCUGGUAAAAUGAACAGAAUGCAAAAAAAAAAAAGGUUUUUGUACUGAAUCUUGUUGUAGGUGAGUCAGAACCUGAGAUCCAAAGUAAGCAAUGUAGUGCAUGCCAGGGUCUUGUACUUGUCAAAAGAAAUUGUGUCUGUACUUUUAAGGAUGUGUGAUAAGAAUUUGCCUUUCUCUUUCAAAUAUACUGCCAGCUAGUUGGUAGAAAUGGUCUCUGAGUGGAGAAAAGUGCCAUUCUUUUAUUUCUUAUCAACAAAACAGUCCAUAUUCAGAACCACUCGCCUCUUCAUGCGUUCAGAAGACAUUUCAUCUCUGCCAUAUAUCCCCAAGUGUCAUGGGUUUCCUUAUCUCUUUCCUCUGAGAGCAGUAUUGUGUGACGGUUUGUAGGUGAGGCUACCUGUUUGUGAAUUCACAGGUACAAUAAAGAGCUGUGUUGUUGCUGCAGACUGUUGACUUCAAGUAGGGCUAUGCAACAAGACGACACUUCAUCUGCCCUGUAGCUUUACCCUCUGGAAAAUCUCCAGAUUCAGGCUUUAGUGUGACUGCGACCAAAUUUUACAUAAAAAUGUAUGAAGCUGUGUAAAUUGUAAAUGUAUUAUAUGAUGUACAGUUAACUGACAACACACACUGAGGCACAACAUGAUAUCAAAGCUGAUACUUGUGAAUCACAGGGCAUUUUUAAAGGUUGGCUAGUUGACUGCAUGACGCCUACCCAGACUGAACCACCCAAAAUAUAAAACUGUGUUCUUUUCAGACUUGGGUCAACUUCUAUUUUUAAACAAUUUUAAUGGUUUUUAAAACUGUACACACAAGGUUAUUAAGUUUCCAGUUAAAACAAGUAUUUCUGGCUCAGUAUUGAGGAUUCCUUUUAAAGAAAUAAUGAGGAGUUAAGGUUACAGAUAAGAUCAGAAUAUGUGGCUCCUUGGUUAAAGCUCUCUUGGUGCUUAACUCUAUGAAAGUUUAUAACCAUGUAAAUUAUUCUAAAAUAUUAUUUGAUCCAAGUCUGAUUGUUUCUUUGUGCUUUAUUUUACCUCCCUGUUGUCUCAUAUAUGUGCAAUCUAUUUGAUGCAUCAUCUAAAAGAAGACAUCUUUAACUUCACAUCUGUAAGGUCUAACAGUAGGCGUGGCUAUGCAAUCUAUUGUGUAAGACGGUUAUGUGCUACAUAAUAGACUGCUAGUGACAUUGUUGGCUUUAAAUGUGUAAGUUGCUAUACAGAAGAAGAGAUUUGUGUUUUCAGACCUCUAAUGAGCCCUUACUGAACAUCCUGCCAUGUUUCUUUUGACAGUUUGACUCUUGACUGCCCCCUCUGGCCAUGUCCUGAUUGCAUGUUCUGAAAUGAAAAUGUGCAUGUGCAAAAAAAACAAAACAAAGAGAGGCAUUAUUUGACUUCAUUCAGUCCACGACUUGUACUAUUUGUUUCCUGGUUGUAUUUUCAGAUGAUCUAAAAAUCAAAGUGUUUCUGUUUCAGGUGAAGAAAAGAAAAACAAAGUUUGAACAUUUUAUCACAGAACCACCAAAGUGGCAAAAGACGCUUUCUUUUUUGGAGAAGAGGUUCUGGAGUGGUUGAAUCCUUUGCUGCCUGAUCUGUUACUUGACUGUCUCUCCCACAGUCAUUUGGACUGUACCUACAGAUUUUGUAUGAAUAUAAGUCCUUAAAUAAAGAGGUAUGGUUAUGAAAUCAA